UCAUGUAACAACAGAGUUCUACCUACUUUUCAGCGAGGGCAUUAAUUUAAGCCUUCCUUUUCUGUAUGGGUGCCAGCUUUCAGAGAAGUUGGAUGGGUUUAGUUAUCUCUCAGACUUUUUUUACUCCUGUUUCAAAUUGCCUAAUGAGUUCAAAAGUUAUCGGGGCAGACUCAUAGACUAAGGUCAAAAUAUAGAAAGUGGUUGCAUUCUGAAAUGAGAUACAACUAUUGUAUGGGUAUUUUAUGAGGUAUUUGAUGCUUACCAGAAAGUGUCCAUCUUAGAACUGUGGAAAGCAACAGGUGAAUGAAGAGAGUUCAGUAUAAAAUGCUCAGCCGCUGUACUGCGCUCAGGAGGAGUAAGGAAGACAUGUAAGCUCAUGCUUCGUUUCUGCGAACCACUGUUUGCCACACAACCAAAAGAGGGAGUGAGCUUUGGUAGCCAUGUUAGGUAAGGGCAGCAAGAUGCCACUUAGGUGGCCAUCCUUUUUCUGGGCAGGAAGUCCAUAAAAAUUUUAUGAUAGCCAUCAUAGCUGAGGGCAGAAACAGCCUGCUCUAGAGCCAUCUUGGAUAAGGGAAAUGGAAGGGAGGUGACUGUCAACGUUUGUCCCCUAAAGAGCUGGUGUCUGUUUCAGGAUGAUGAAAUGCAGCAGAGGAGCUGGUGAAUAUAUAUACAUUCUACAAACGUGUUCUCUAGCAGUGUGUCUCUGUCCAUGCUGGUGUAUCAUGAGAAGUAACUGGAGCAAGAUCAUGUCCUCAGAAUGAUGAUCACUACUGGCAAACAACAACAGGUAAUAUAUCCUCUACAUUCAAAACUCACAGAUAAAGAGAAAACCAAUAUUUGCUAUUUGUCUUUUCCAGAUUCUAAUUCAGGUUGUCUUGGGGACACACAGUUUUGUUUUAGAUUUCGACGGUCUACUGGAAGGAAAGUCUCAUUUUGUUGUUUUCUGGACCAGUUGGAUAGAGAUCUACCAGUUUACUUAAAGAAAGAUCCAGCAUAUUACUACGGCUAUGUAUAUUUCAGACAAGUUCGAGACAAAUCAUUAAAAAGAGGCUAUUUCCAGAAGUCACUGGUCCUCAUCAGCAAGCUACCUUAUGUCCAUCUUUUUCGCACCAUGCUUAAGCAAAUAGCACCAGAAUAUUUUGAAAAAAGUGAAGCUUUCCUGGAAGCAGUUUGUAGCGAUGUUGAUCGUUGGCCACCACCAAUUCCAGGGAAAAUACUGCAUUUGCCUAUUAUGGGUAUUAUAAUGAAGUUGCGGAUUCCAACAUAUCGUGACAAGCCUGGAACAACACCAAUAGUACAGAAUAUGCACCAGGCAGAUGCUCAGAUCUCCAUGGCUUUACCAACUGUUCAUGAAGUAGAUCUUUUCAGGUGUUUCUGUCCAGUGUUCUUUCACAUUCAGAUGCUUUGGGAACUAGUACUACUAGGAGAACCACUUGUCGUGAUGGCACCAUCACCAUCAGAAUCUUCAGAAACCGUGUUGGCACUUGUUAGCUGUAUUUCACCAUUAAAGUACUGCAGUGAUUUCAGGCCAUACUUUACCAUACAUGACAGUGAAUUCAAAGAAUAUACAACUCGCACACAAGCCCCACCAUCUGUCAUUCUAGGGGUGACGAAUCCUUUUUUUGCUAAAACACUUCAGCAUUGGCCUCACAUUAUCCGAAUUGGAGAUAUUAAACUUCCAGGUGAAGUUCCAAAACAGGUGAAAGUGAAAAAACUGAAGAACCUAAAAACUUUGGACUCCAAACCUGGUGUUUAUACCUCUUACAAGCCAUACUUGAACAAAGAUGAAGAAAUUGUUAAACAGUUACAAAAGGGUGUACAACAGAAACGUCCUACAGAAGCACAGAGUGUGAUUCUUCGGCGGUAUUUUUUGGAAUUGACAGAAAGCUUCAUUAUUCCAUUAGAACGUUAUGUGGCAAGCCUAAUGCCUUUGCAAAAAUGCAUAUCACCAUGGAAGAGUCCUCCACAGCUGAGGCAGUUUAGCCAAGAUGACUUCAUGAAGACACUGGAAAAAGCAGGACCACAGCUCACAUCAGGUUUAAAAGGAGACUGGAUAGGACUUUACAGGCAUUUUUUGAAAUCACCAAACUUUGAUGGUUGGUUUAGAAGCCGGCAGAAAGAAAUGACACAGAAGUUGGAGGCCCUUCAUUUAGAAGCACUCUGUAAUGAGAACUUGGUUUUCUGGAGUCAGAAGCAUACUGAAGUAGAAACGGUGGAUCUUGUCUUAAAGUUAAAGAAUAAACUGUUGCAGGCUGACAGAGAACAUCUUCCUGUGAAAACUGACACACUGAAAAAGCUGCAGAUGCACAUCAAUGAUAUUAUACUAGCACUUCCAGAUGACUUACAGGACAUCUUGCUCAAAACUGGCACAACGUGAUUUCUACUGGGCUAUUUUUGUGCAGAAAACAAAAGGGCAAAUACAGUUUCACAGAAGACAGUGGCUUACCAAGUUUGGAACAUGGCUCUGAAUAGUAUAUUAACACUACAAAUGGACUGUACUAAUAGUAUAGCCCACUAUACUGUUUUCACUGUUUUUUCCACUUAAAUACCAAUGCAACUGAAGGAAUUCCUGUGUCUAAUGAUGUUUGAAAUAAGUGCUCUUAAAGAAAAAUGUGGGCAUAAUGAGACUAUACCACAGUAUAGGACCACAGUGCAGUGCUGGCAUUGCAGAAUGUUUUCCAAUUGGUGCUGCUAUACCCAAUCCUGUUAACUCAGGGGUAAGCAAUAUUGAUCCUGUACUGUCCUGUUGAUGUAGUACCUGAUGGGGGUUUUUGGGGGGUUUUUUGGUUUUUUUUUAAGUUUUCAUCUAGUUCUAAGUCCAACUGACAUAUUAUGUGACUUGGUCAGAAUACAUUAUAGUUGAGGUAUUUUACUGGUAAAUCAUUGCUUUGAAAACUUUUAGGGACAGUUGAAAUAAUCAGAUCGGUUCUUAACUUUCUUCCUUUCUCCUUCUUACCGUCUUUCCAAAACCAUACUAAUUUAGCAUCUUUAAAGAAGAGAAGGCAGCUGACAGAAAUUUCCUGAAGAGAAGUCUCUUCCAUUCAAUGUCAGUUAAUUAGGGUGCUCUCACUCACAUGCCUUAAAGUAAUUGUAUACUAAUUGGUGGUUUUAAACUGCUGACAUUCAGGAUUUAAAGUGUAUCACUAGUGUAAAUGUAAGCAUGCAGUAUUCAUCACAGGAAAUAAACACGGUGUUCUAAUAUGGAUUUUAAAAUCAGUUAUUUCAGUAGAGUUAGCUGAUAUACAAUCUGUUUCAGCUGGAGAUCAUACCAGUCAGCUCCUGUUAUAAUUUUGUUUGUUUGUUUG